GGGAGAGAAAUGAUCAUUCGGUGAUGUCCUCUGGCUGCUUUCAGUGAUCCUUUCUCUGCUCCAGUGACAGCAGCGUGUUUGCAGGGGAGAAACUUGGAGGCUAUUCCCAGGGUGCCUGAGACCUCCAACACAAUGAGAGCAACUGCAGAAGCAGAUAAGUGAGGCUGUUGCUUUACGAUCUCAUGGGGACAAAGACAAGGUGACUCACUGCUCAGAAGGAAACUUUGGAUGAGGUCUCUCGCCUGCUACCAUCAUGACCUGCCACCCUGGGUAAUUCUAACACGAAACCAAGGGCCAGCCAAGCCACAUGUGUCGAAAGAAGACAGACAUGGCCAUGGAGCAAGCUGAACAUAACCCAAAUGCUACCGUCAACCUCAACUUUGCUGCAAUCUACAAUCUCCACGAUGGGGAUUUAACCUCCUUGCGAAACUUCUCCUUCCCUUUCAAUUUCAGUUACAGCGAUUACGACCUGCCACUGGACAGUGAGGACGACAUGACCAAAACCCGUACCUUCUUUGCAGCCAAGAUUGUGAUUGGGGUUGCUCUGGUUGGCAUCAUGCUGGUCUGUGGCAUUGGCAACUUCGUCUUCAUUGCUGCUCUUGCUCGUUACAAGAAGCUGCGAAACCUCACCAACCUGCUGAUUGCCAACCUGGCUAUCUCAGACUUCAUUGUGGCCAUCGUGUGCUGCCCCUUCGAGAUGGACUACUACGUGGUGCGGCAGCUGUCCUGGGAGCAUGGCCACGUCCUCUGUGCCUCAGUCAACUACCUACGGACUGUCUCCCUCUAUGUUUCUACCAAUGCUCUCCUGGCUAUAGCUGUUGACAGGUAUCUUGCCAUUGUUCACCCACUGAAACCACGCAUGAAUUAUCAAACAGCAACCUUCCUAAUUGCCUUGGUCUGGAUCGUCUCCAUACUUGUAGCUAUCCCAUCUGCAUACUUUGCUACUGAAACAGUGUUAUUUAUAGUGAAAAACCAGGAGAAAAUUUUCUGUGGUCAAAUUUGGCCCGUUGAUCAGCAGAUGUACUACAAAUCAUACUUCCUCUUUAUCUUUGGCAUUGAAUUUGUUGCACCUGUGAUUACGAUGACCUUGUGUUAUGCCAGGAUUUCUCGUGAGCUUUGGUUUAAAACCGUACCAGGAUUUCAAACGGAACAGAUCAGAAAGAGGCUUCGAUGCAGAAGAAAAACUGUUAUGGUACUGAUGUGCAUCCUGACUGCCUAUGUUCUCUGCUGGGCACCUUUCUAUGGCUUCACAAUUGUCCGUGACUUUUUCCCCACCAUCUUUGUGAAAGAGAAGCAUUAUCUUACUGCUUUUUACAUAGUUGAAUGCAUUGCAAUGAGUAACAGCAUGAUAAACACCAUGUGUUUUGUAACUGUAAAAAAUAACACCAUGAAGUACUUCAAGAAGAUCAUGUUGCUCAGAUGGAGAUCAACAUACAAUGGAAGCAAAUCUAGCACCGAUUUAGACCUGAGAACAAGUGCAAUGCCAGUCACAGAGGAGGUAGACUGUAUAAAACUGAAAUAAACGUUCUGCAAUUCUAAUCUCACAUAUUUUUGAGAGGGGGUGAAGAGGAAAUAAUGCCUCCUCAGAAGCUUCUCCCUUGUCUGGAGGAAUACCCACCAUUGGUGAGAGCCCUUGAAAAGCAGCCUACUAUGCAUUUCCACUAGAACUCUUUUCACUGGACUGCCGUAUAAUGCCGUA